AUGAGCAAUGACUAUGUGGGCCGUAUGGACGAUCAGAUUCGGUCUCUUCACGCCGCUACCGCACUCAGCAAUGACAACGCGUACCUCACACAGCAGAUCCAAGCGACCCCCGGCAUCCCUCACGAGUUGGCCCAGCAGCAAGUGCGGGAUGCGGUGACAAGCACAACGCUGUUUGCUGGCCAGCAACACGAGGAGCGUGUCAAUCUGCUGAAGCAGACUCAUAGCGAGGAGCUGAUGGCAGUCAGGGCAGAGGCAGAGACUGCGCGAGCCCAGCAGCGUGAGGCGGUUGAGAGAGCAGCGCAGGAAGGAAACCACCUAAAGAAAGAACUCGCCGCUAAGGAAGCGCAGCUGGGCGAGCUACAGACCGCCAAUUCUAAGAUUGCCGGUGACCUUCGAGUCAAGGAGGAAGCAUACCUCCAGCUCGAGAGUGAGAGGGACGGCUUCCUAGCAGCCGGCGAAUGUCUACAAGCCCGGUGCGAUGAACUCGAGACCGAGGCAGACGACUUCGCGAGGGAAAAACAGGCCCUUAUGGAUGAGAUUGAGGACCUGAAGGAUGCAGCGGAGUACCUAGCUGACCAAGGCGAGCAGUCAGAGCAACAGGUAGAGGAACUAAAGGACAACAACCGAGUCUUGCUGGAACACAACUCGGAGCUGCUUUGCCAGACAGUGGUAUCCGACCUCGACCUCCAGCAGACUCGGGAUACAGACACGAAAUUUUUCGACUCGAGUGCAGAGGUCCUCAUUCUCAAAAUGAAUCGCCCAACAUUCGGGCCGUACUACAGCAGGUGCUGUGGCAUGAAGUUCUUGCCCCCUCAUCCCUGCUCGUCCCACCACUAUCAGAAGUUACUCCUGGUGGUAGAGGGUACUUAG